AUUGAAAACCCACCAACCAUCCCAAAGAAAAGCAGCCAAACGUACACUUCCCCACCAUCCUUCCAUGCAUGUUCUCACUCCACCAACCAACUCUUCAUUAUUUUUUAAACGAAGACUUGAUUUGACCCUUUGACGCCGGCCUUUAGCACUUAUCAGUACACCCUUACACUGCUAUAAAUAGAUAACAGAUGCUAAUUCCCUCCCAAACUCAAACACAACUCACACCGCAUAUAGCUUACCUCUUCCAGUUCUCUCCUUCACCCUCUGAAAAUAUUUGCUCAAUUCUGGCAAUGGCAACCAAUGGAUUUGGCCGCCCCAACAAGCAUUUCCGUCCUCCAGCUCUCCCUCUCCCAAAAGACACCACAAACCUCAUUUGUCUAUCAGAAAAUUCUCAUGUCUCAACCCCAUUGCACUGGAAGAAAGCUGCGGAGGCCAUGCAAUGCAACCAUUUUGAUGAAGUCUGCAACAUGGUGUCGCAGUUUGCACAAGUGCAAACCGUUGACAUACAGGGUACGACCCUCACUGUUGCUCAAGUCACGGCCAUUGCACGUCGUGGUGAAGUAAAGGUUAAUCUCAAUGAAGCUGUGGCAUGUGAACGUGUAUCCAAAAGCGCCAACUGGGUUGCAGAGCAUGUUUCCCGUGGAACAGACACAUACGGUGUUACCACCGGAUUUGGAGCCACAUCACAUCGGCGCACCGACAAAACCUCUGACCUCCAGACAGAGCUUAUUCGGUUCCUUAAUGCUGGAGUGAUUGGGAGAGAGAACCUUCCAUCUAGCUACACAAAAGCAGCUAUGUUGGUUCGUACAAACACACUCAUGCAAGGCUUUUCUGGUAUUCGAUGGGAGGUACUUGAAGCCAUGGCCAAGCUUAUGAACAAAAAUUUGACCCCCAAACUGCCUCUAAGAGGGACUAUUACUGCUUCAGGGGAUCUUGUACCGUUAUCUUAUAUAGCUGGAUUACUAACUGGCCGGCAUAAUUCCAAAGUGCUCACCUCUGAAGGUGAAGAGAUCACUGCCAUGGAAGCUCUGACGAGAGCUGGGAUUUCGGCUCCUUUCGAGCUUCAAGCAAAGGAAGGUUUAGCUCUUGUAAAUGGGACAGCCGUGGGCUCGGCUGUGGCGGCAACAGUUUGUUUUGAUGCCAACAUUUUGGCUCUGCUUUCUGAAGCUCUCUCCGCCUUGUUUUGUGAAGUCAUGCUAGGCAAGCCUGAGUUCACAGACCCGCUAACACAUGAGCUCAAGCACCACCCUGGCCAGAUUGAAUCAGCAGCUAUCAUGGAGUUCCUUUUGGAUGGAAGUGACUACAUGAAAGAAGCAAAGCUUCGUCAUGAAAAAGAUCCCCUUACAAAGCCAAAGCAAGACAGGUAUGCACUCAGAACCUCUCCCCAAUGGCUUGGGCCCCAAAUCGAAGUUAUUCGCAUGGCAACACAUUCAAUCGAAAGGGAAAUCAAUUCUGUGAAUGAUAACCCGUUGAUCGAUGUUGCUCGAGAUAUGGCUCUCCAUGGAGGGAAUUUCCAGGGAACACCAAUUGGUGUCUCCAUGGACAAUCUCCGAAUUGCCAUUGCAGCUAUUGGGAAGCUCAUGUUUGCUCAAUUCUCUGAACUUGUAUGUGACUACUACAACAAUGGCUUGCCUUCCAAUUUGAGUGGGGGGCCUAAUCCAAGCUUGGAUUAUGGCUUCAAAGGCGCAGAGAUAGCCAUGGCUGCAUAUUGCUCUGAGCUCCAAUACUUGGCAAACCCUGUCACAACACAUGUACAGAGUGCAGAACAACACAAUCAAGAUGUGAAUUCUCUCGGGUUGAUUUCAGCCAGAAAAAGUGCCGAAGCCAUCGAGAUCCUAAAGCUGAUGUCAGCCACUUACAUGGUGGCACUCUGCCAGGCAAUUGAUCUAAGACAUUUGGAGGAAAACAUGAGGGAAGUUGUGAAACAUGUUCUUCUCCAAGUUGUGAGGAAAACCCUUUACACAGCUGAAGAUGGAUCACUCCUAGAAUCCCGUUUUUGCGAGAAAGAACUCUUGCAGGUCAUUGAGCACCAGCCAAUUUUCUCUUAUCUUGAUGACCCCACAAAUCCAUCUUAUGCUCUCUUGCCUAAACUUCGAGAAGUACUUGUAGAAAGAGCUCUCAAAGAUCCUAAACCAGAAAAUAGAGAUGACAAGGGCUACUCAAUAUUCAAACGCAUACCACUAUUCCUAGAUGAGCUGAAAGCGAGGCUUGGGGAAGAAGUAGCAAAAGCUCGUGAUAGAUUCGAGAAUGGAGAUUUUCCAAUAGCCAACAGAAUCAAGAAAUGUAGAACUUAUCCUAUAUAUCGGUUUGUUAGGAGUGAAGUGGGGACUGAGCUUCUUAGCGGGGCAAAGAAGGUGAGUCCAGGUGAGGAUAUUGAGAAGGUAUAUGAGGCCAUGAAUGAAGGGAAAGUGGGAGAUGUACUUACGAAGUGCUUGACAAACUGGAAAGGAUCUGCAGGUCCUUUUACGCCAAGGCCGAUCAUGGUGACUUCUCCAAUGCAUUGCAAUCCUGAGUAUUGGGGUUGGUUUGAAAAUGUAAGGUCUCCUACUGUCACAAAAGGUGGAGCCUUUUGAUGUUUUUUAUCUAAGUAAUUUUUUUUUUCCGUUUCUAAAUAAGAUUUGUAUGUGGAAACAUUUUUUUCCGUUUGAAAAUA